AUGGCAGCAUGGUUUUUCUGCUUCUUCUUCUUACUCCUCAUUCCUUUAGUUGUCAUUUUUAAUCACCAAAAAACCCAGAAAACGAAAAGUAUCCAUCGUCCACCUGGCCCUCCAGGCUUGCCGUUCAUUGGGAACUUUCAUCAAUUUGAUAGUGCAAAGCCUCAUGAAUUCUUGAGCAAACUUUCCAACAAAUACGGCCCUCUAAUGUCUUUGAAGCUUGGAAAGGUGCGAGUUCUGGUAAUUUCUUCGGCGAAAAUGGCGAAAGAAGCCCUAAAAACCCAUGAUCUCACAUUCUCUGGGAGGCCACCGCUCAUUGUUUUGCAAAAAGUUUCUUACAAUGGUUUAGACAUUGUUUUUGCACCUUAUGGUGAGUAUUGGAGAGAGAUGAAAAAGAUUAGUCUUCUUCAUCUCUUUACUAUGAAAAGGGUUCAAUCAUUUCGUCCCAUUCUUGAUGAUGAAGUUUCCCUCUUGAUCAAGGAAAUCUUCGAUCUGACCUCUUCAUCUCAAGUUAUCAACUUGAGUUUAAUGACAUUGAAUCUAACCAGCAGUUACAUAUGUCGUAUAGCUUUCGGGAAGAAAUAUGAUAAAGAAGAUCAAGAGAAGAAGAGGUUUGAUCAUUUGUUACAGGAAACUCAAUCCAUACAUGGGGAUUUUUACUUCUCUGAUUAUUUGCCUUCUUUAGGAUGGAUUGAUAAGGUUCUAGGCAAGAUUGCUCGUUUGGACAAAAAUUGUAGGAACCUGGAUUUGUUCUACCAAGAGCUCAUUGAAGAGCACCUCAGCUCAAAUAGGCCAGAUACGAUGAAGAAUGAUAUUCUUGAUCUCUUGAUUCAGAUCAAAGAAGAAAAAAUCUCACAUUUGGAUCUUAGUUGGGACCAUAUCAAGGCAGUUCUCAUGAAUGUAUUUAUAGCUGGAUCAGACACAAGUUCCGCGUUAAUUGUAUGGGCUAUGACUGCUUUGAUGCAAUCUCCUUCAAUUAUGAAGAGGGUUCAAGCUGAAGUUAGAGACAUGGUAGAAAAGAAAGGAGGCAAAUGGGAAGAAGUACUCCAAGAACUUCCUUAUUUGGAUGCAGUAAUAAAAGAGACUCUAAGAUUGUAUCCUCCAACACCUCUUCUUCUGCCUAGAGAAACUCUAGAUUAUUGCAACAUAGAAGGAUUUGAUAUCGAACCUAAAACAAUGGUUUUCAUCAAUGCAUGGGCUAUUGCUAGAGAUCCCACAAAUUGGCAAAAUCCAACACAGUUCAUUCCGGACAGAUUUCUCAACAGUAAUGUUGAUGUCAAAGGAAGUGAUUUUGAACUUAUUCCAUUUGGAACUGGAAGAAGGCGUUGUCCUGGCAUCUCCCUUGGGCUAUCAACUACAAAAGUUACACUUGCCAAACUUCUUUAUUCCUUCAAUUGGGAAUUGCCUCCUGGAAUGAAAGCAGAAGAUAUUGAUACUGAUGGAUUACCAGGAGCAACCAUGCACAAGAGAAUCCCCUUGUGCCUUUUGGCAAAAAAAUAUGCUUAG